AUGAAUUAUCGACUAUUACUAUUAUUUCAUUUAUUUUAUUUAUCUCGAACAAUUCCGCUGCCACAUUCAGAAAUUGCCAAAAAGCGCUUCCCUGAUGCAAUUAUCGUUGGUGUCAAAAAAGCUGGAACACGUGCUUUGCUAGAAUUUUUGAAGAUCAAUCCUCUCGUAAAAGCUCCAGGACCAGAAGUGCAUUUCUUUGACAAGAAUUUCAAUAAAGGAUUAGAGUGGUACAGGUAAGCUCUCUUGAUUAUCCUAUUCAUGUUUUAUUUCCUCCAGAAGUGAAUAAAAAAUAAAUUAGGGUGUGCGAUAAAAGUGAGUAGAUCAUUAAAAAACUGGCGCGCAGCAGGAGACCGUAUGGCGCCAGCGGUUUUUUAUAGCUUUUUCUCAUUGACGAAUAAGGUCUGAUAUAUCUAUAAAUUUAGUUAGAAAAUUAUGGAAAUGACAUGUUGUCAAGAAAAUCGAAAUUUUCCAAUUACACUACACUUCUACCUCAAAGACAAAUAAAAUUAUCACACAAAAUGCGAAAAAAUCCAUAAAUUUUCAAAAUCGCAUUACAAAGAUCUCACUGAAAAACAACAGGCGCACCAAUUUGUCGUCACUUUUUGAAUGCGCAAGAUUAACGACUAUUUUUUUCUUCUUCAGAACCCUUGUCUGAUUAAUUCAUCACAAGAACCCCCCAAUAGUAUCUGGUUACUUUAUGUGUUUUGGAUAUUAGAAAUUCAGUGGUGUCACCUGCCCUUUUAGCGUGCGCAUGUUCUGCUUGCUCUCGUCUUACAACUAACUAACUAACUAACAAAAUAGAGAGAGAAAAACACCUGUAGUUCAUAUAUUUUAUUUAUUUAUAGAUACAGGGAAGGGGGGAAAUGAGUAAUUGAUUGUUAUGAAGAUCAUCGUUUGAUAGAUUAUUUGUCAAUAUUAGUUUUAUGAGCUGGCUCCAAAAAAUAAUGGAAAUAGGGAGAAGCUUACCUGGGAUUUUCACAUUAACAUAUUUUUUGAGUACAGAAUCAUAAAUUUUUGUAAAAUAAUUUCUUCAAAAUUCAAAAAUUAAAAAAUAUCGGCAUUAAAUAUUUAAUUCCUAUUGUUGCCUAUAUUUCAGUUAGAAUUAGUUAGGAUCCAGAUUUUAGUUUGAUUUCUGAACCUUUCAUCGCGAAAUCAUGAUUACAGUAGUUUACUGAUUUAUUCCAGGUUGGCAAAAAAUUUUCAGUUUUUCUAGAGCAACCCUUCUUCAAUUUUCAUACAAAACCACAUUUUUCAAAAAAUAUGCAGACCUUCAGAACCCAAUUAACCUGUCAUAUAGAUUUGCGGCACUCUGUCAAUUACCGAGUUCAGAAGAUGUUUUUCCAACAUAAAAAAUUCUUCUCUCAUUCUAAUAACCACCCAAAAUCCUAGCGGUUGCCAAUUUGCAAAAGGGAUUAUCUUUCGUCCUUCAUUUUUAUUUUAUAAUUGAGUUUCACCUCUCUUCUCUUAUCCUGUCGGGUCCGUCGAAACUAAUAUUAUUCUUUGUCAAGUACCAGCUGUAUACAACACCACUUAUAACCCGAUUAAUUAGGUGGCAGAAAAGAAACAAAAAAAGAAGAAACCGCUUGUUUUUUGUUCCGCACAGCUCGGCUUCUGUCUAAUUAUUACGUAACUGCCAUACUGCCAUGAUCGGUUUCUUUUUUUUUCGCUUGGAUCAUUUUGAGCAAGAUGCGCGAAGAGGUCACAAUGAGGUGUAACACUGUGUAAGAGAGAGAAAAAAUAGGUGAACAGGGCCACAAAAAAUGAUUGAAGUUUUAAUGACGGAUUGGGGAAGGAAUGUGUCAGCAAUAAUGAGAAGUCAUAUAUUUUGUCAUUUGUUGAUGGAUUUAUUUGAUUGGAUCGAGUCGAGAAUGGGAAAAAUGAAUUCUUAGAGAAGAGAGGAAAUAAAUAAAACCAUAAUAAAUUACCACCGAAAAAGUUUUCUCUCUCUUUCCUCUUUCAAAAUUUUUCACAGUGGGUGGUCAAAAAGUUGUCAGCAAGUUAGCAAGCACAUAAAUCUUCCUGUGCCAAUCGAAGACCUUACAAAAUCAAAUUUGUCGUAUCUAUCGUGUCGGCAAAUUGUCUUUGAGGUGUUCUGCUCUUUCUUGUCUUGACAACAGGUUACAUGAAUUGAUUUGCACCAGAGCUCAAAGAAAUGUGAUCUAUUUAGUGACAUGAGUUGGGUGUAGGGGAUGUGCAGAUUGGAGCCGACAUGAUAAUUGAGGCCUCCACUACCAUAGACAACAAUUAGCAAAUAACACAUGUUCAUCGUCUUGUGAAACGAAGAAAAUCAUAUAAAUUUAUUGAGAAAUAAUAUAGAAAAGUGUUGUGUUUCGGAAAGACUUCCGACACCUUAUUUUUAUUGCGUUCUGAUCAGCUCGUAAAAUUUUAUGACAUUAUUUGUCUACUGUAGGUUUUUGCGAGCGGCGAACUUCUAUCAAAUCAAUUAUUUUUAUUAUUUCGAAUUGUAGAACUUUACAACUGGUCUUAUUUUCCGUAUGAUAAUAAUAAUAAUAAAAAACUAAUUAUUUUUUUUUGAAACAAUGAAUCUACAAUAGAAAAAAAGAAAGGGGAGAAAAUUGACAGUAGCCGUCAAUUUUUGUGAUAUACGGUUCUUUUUUCACCUUCGCUAUAGAAGAGUUGCGUAACGUGAAAUAGAGAUAGCGGAAAAGAACAAAAAAGAAACAUUAGAUUAGAUAUUAUAAUUGUAAUCUAAUAUACUCAUAUUUUAUAUUUAUAGGGAACAAAUGCCGGAAACAAUGAAUGGAGAACUCACGAUUGAAAAAAGUCCUGCAUAUUUUCAUAGCAAAAAUGCUCCGGAGAGAAUCAAGAUGUUGAAUCCAAAUACAAAGAUUAUUAUUGUUGUUAGAGAUCCGGUCACGAGAGCAAUUUCAGGUAAGCAAAUCAAAAGAUUCUAUAGAUUUUUCCUCAUUUAAUAAAACAGAAGCAUAUGAAUUAUUGGUUUCAGACUAUACACAAUCCUCAUCAAAACGAAAACGUCUUGGACUUAUGCCAAGUUUUGAGGAGAUGGCAGUCGGGAAUUGUGCAAUGUGGCUAAAGGCGAAUUGCACAACCAAAACUCGUGGUGUGAAUGCCGGAUGGGGCGCAAUUCGUAUUGGUGUUUAUCAUAAACAUAUGAAACGGUGGUUGGACAAUUUCCCGAUGCAAAAUAUUCAUAUCGUUGAUGGUGAAAAAUUGAUCACAAAUCCUGCGGAAGAAGUCAGCCGAACGGAAAAGUUUCUGGGACUCACCCCAGUCGCAAAGCCAACAAAUUUUGGAAUUGAUCCAAUUAAGAAGUUUCCAUGUGUCAAAAAAUCUGAUGGUGAACUUCAUUGCCUUGGAAAAACAAAAGGGCGACCUCAUCCUGAUGUGAAAUUGGAUGUUCUUCAAACUUUGAAAGAAUUCUAUGCGCCGGAGAAUAAACGAUUCUUCCAAAUGGUCAAUCAAUGGUUUGAUUGGUGA